AUGACAUCACAAUACAUCGUUCCAACGCUGGAAAUAACGUGCAAAUCCAACCACCCCACACAACCAGAGGGACAACCAAUAAGAAUGGAGGAAGGCGUCUGCCACAGAUCCCACCCCCCGUCAUCCUCCAUCGCAAACAUUGACUUCGGGUUCGACUCCAUCCUGGGCCAACUUGAUGACCUUGAACGGCAAUUUGAACUGGAGCACGAGAAGGAAAUACUGAACAACAGCAACUGUACAAACAACACCAACAGAAACAUCAGCAAGACGUCCAACGCGUUGAAUGAAUUCUCCCUCAUCAACUCACAGCUGCAAGAUGUUCUGAACGACUUGGCAGGUUUUGGGACUGGCCCAGAUGCCCCCUCCUUUGCUGACGCUGAUGAUGACUUUCCCGAACCCCCCAAAACCAUCAACAGAUCAGCUUCUUUGGCCAUUUCUAAACCAAAUCAGCCGAGAGAACCAGCAACAGCGCAUCAGUUCACGAAGCAGUCGUCAACACAGGAAUUAACAUUUUCUCUGCCAACACCUCCAUUAAAACCUACAAUAACAACACAACAACAACACUUAACAACGCAUCAACAGUGCACAACACAACAGCAACUACCACUACCAACACCACCAACAAAAUCGAAAGUUCCUCCACCAACUCCAGCAAAAAAUAAAUCUGUAACCAUUCAGAACAAUCUUACCAUCAUCAACAAUGAUAAGAGUAGCAUCAGCAACAUCAACAAACUCAACAUUACAAACAAUGAUUACAACGAAAAACACAACGACGACGACAAAAUCAACAAAAACAACAACGUACGACAAACCAUUCCUACCAACUGCAAUAGCGAUAACAUUUUUUACGGAACCAACCAGUUGCCGUCACAUGAUAUGAAGAGCAACAUCGUAAAGAGGAUCAACAACAACAACAACUACAUCUUACCUAAUAACAUCAACAACAAUAACAACAUGCCUUACAACAACACAGCAUUCUGCAACAACACUAACAUUUAUGCUAUAAGCAAUCCAAACGUAGUUGCAAAAAACAUCAUCAACAACGAUGUAAAUUACAUCCACAACAAUACUAACAGCAGUUGUUCAAACAAAGCAGCACUGAACAACAAUAUCCGCAACAACACGAACAACAACUUAUAUAACGAUCCUACAAACAAUAAUAACAUGACCAACAUUAAUGCUAUAUAUAACAAUAAUAAUACAAUCAGCGAUAAUGCAUACGUCAACAACAACAAUUUUAUCAACAACAACAACAGCAACAACAACAACAUGUCUCUACAACAAACCGGCUAUGACUCAUCAACAUCUCCUAAAAAAUCAUCCAUGAAAAAAGAUCCUGUGCAGGCGUGCGUAAAGGUGAUGGCGCUUGAUGGCUCCGAGAAGAUCCUCUUUGUGACCAGCGAGACGACGGUUGGUCAGUUGUGCGACAAUCUGGUGGCUGACCACAUCACCGCUCCACGCUCAAGUUUCUCACUCUGGGAAGUCAUACCUGAUCUCCAUCUCGAAAGAUGCCUGGACGAAUGCCUGUUGAUACUGAACGAUGUUGUGGACUGUUGGACCAAACACUCAACCAACACUGUCGCCAUGAAACCCGCCCAAAUCAAAAUGCUGCCAACUCUUCUAAAGAACGAUCUCGAGAGCAACUUGUAUGCGAAGGUUGACGACAAGAAAACGUGGAAGAAUUUCUUGUUCCUCGUCAAACAUCCAGGUCUUCUCUACUAUCCUAAAGGAAAAGGAAAAUCUGAAGCAACAUUGUACUGCGAGUUGAAUCCGCAAAACCACGUGGUCUAUCAAUGUGCCAACGCCAAGAAGAAAUUGAAGGCGCCGACCGAAUUUGGAUUUGCAUUAAAAACUUCAAACAGCAACACAACGAAAGAUGUGAGAUAUUUCUGCACUGAAACUGAAGCACUCUACAACAUAUGGCUGCAUGCCUUGAAAACACUUCUUGCUAAAAAAACAUCCGAGAUGGAUUAUGAUUGCGACGCGGCACCAUCACUUCAAUGUGUUUCUACUCCCACCGUCAUGAACAAUCUUGUCGGAAACAGCAACAUUUGCAACAGUGUAAGUUCUUAUGAGGAACACAAGCCCGCCGAAACUUCCAUCACCACGCCCGAUGCACCAGCCAACUUGUACGUCUCUGACGCCAAUGUUUAUUCAGAGCCGUACGAAUUGUCUCAGAUCAACACACUGCGACGUUUCUCAAACACCUCAUCGUCCUGCAGACCGGACAUAGCAGAGAGCUUGGUUAGUCCUUCAAUUAAAAAGACAGCCGUCCUUCCCAUCUCAACAGAGACCACCAGACUGUUGCAAUCCAUGCAAAACACUAACAUCCUUAAGAACGGAAAUGUACUGAAAACUCUUCCGAAACCGGUGAAUAAAGACUUAUUAAAACAAACUACCAUUGAAAAUCACGUUCGAAUUCAAGCAAAUCAAAAUGAUUACACGCCUUCGCCAACGCAUAUGAAAUCUCCAGAACACCAUCCAAUGAGCAAUGUCAUCAAAACUCUACCUAAACCAACAAAAUCCAAUUACACAAAGACGCAAAUGUGUCAGGAAGAUGAUCUGCCGCCGCCACCUCUUUCUAUUCUCAACCGAAAUCAAAAUGAUGAGUCCUUCAGGCAAUAUCAAACUAUCUCGUCUGUUCACAAAUCUCGAAAUCUACCCCCACCGCCUCCGAAAAGGGACCAGAACACAAAACUUAGCAAUAUUCAAACAGCUGAUUGCAGCAUUCAAACCAAAAAUUUUAUUCUCAACUUGGACAGAACAAUCGGCAUGAAGAAAUGUUUUGGAGCUGAAGGUCUUUGCAAAAUGGAGAUGCCUUUGCCUCCUCCACCCGUCGUUUCAAACGAACUUUCUUAUAUCGACCUCGGAGAGCUGCCACCACCGCCAGCCGAACUUCUGCAGGGACUCAAAAAGAUGAGGAACAAUCCUUCCUUCUACCACGUUGCUAACAAUUACAACUAACUAAAUUUUUUGAAUUCGUAGUAUAAAAAGUUAUCAUCAGGUCGUAAACUUUCGAUUUUUGCACUUUUCAAUUUUUCAAAUUCAACUGCGUUGACAUUUCAUCUGGGUUGUGUCACCUCUACAGCAUCGGUUACUAACAAUCUGAUAGUGAAUUCUAAAUAUUAUCGCAGGUAACAAACGUGUAAUGCCUUGACUUUAAAAAUAAAUAAUGAAGACUUUGAUAAUACCUUAGAAACUUUAAACAUUUAUAUUUGAGGUUUUUGAUUUUUAUUAAUAUUUUACCAAAAUUGAAAACAAUUUUUCAAACUUAUUAAGUUUCCAAUUAUGAUUUUGAUAGCGAAUUUAUUAAUUUUCAAUAAAUAACAAACAUUUAAUGAUUUACUACCCUUAACUAAACGACUACUUUUUAUUUUGGGCAACAUUAAAUGACGAAACCACUGA